UCCAAUGGGCGCAGGCCGUCGGGAGAGAUUGACGGCGCAGGUCAGGUGCGGCUCUUGCCAAUAAGCUCCCGCUGCUGGGAUUUGACAGACGCACGCACACAAAACCCGGGCCAUAUUGUCGCCGCGCGGCUUCUCUUUAGCGCUCGGAGCAGGCGGGACCGGAGGCGGCGGCAGCUCCUGAGGAUUAACUUAAUUAAUUGCCAAAAGGAUCCAGCAAGCUGACCUCGCGCACAUCCCCGCGAGGCAAAAGGGCUCUUGAGGGUUUUUAUUUCCCAUCCUUAUUGUUGUCGGCAUCUCGGGCGCUUUGCGGGAUAAGUUUGUGCGCUUCAGGAGGAAUCCCGGCUUGGAGAGGCAGAGGACAAGAGGAGACCGGAGAAGAAAAAAAGGUAUCUUGACAAAGGUCUGGUGGUUUUCCUUUGACCAUGUCCCGACGAAGCCAGCGCCUUGGAACUGUUCGCUAUUACCAAAAUGAAGAUGAUGACAACAUCAGUAAUAGUGGAGGGAGUUCAUUGCUGGGUAGUCAGCACAUCCUAUAUAAAGAUGGCUCUGAUAGCCGGAGCCUGAGAAGGAAAUCAAGCAGUGUGAAGCGGCCAUCUCCGGCUCCUAGCCUGGGAAGCAACCCUGCUGCCCAUACCACCUCCUAUUAUAGCGAGUCUGUGGUCAGCGAAUCUUACCUGGGAGAUGGCAGGGGACUUUCUGGCAGAAGCAGUGCCCUCUUGGAUGAUCCACUAGACCGCAAUUCUUACUGGAGCGAGGAGUUGUCAGCAAGGAGGAGGAGAGGUACUGGAGGCUCGGAGUCCAGUAAAAAAAUCAAUGGGCUGGUUGAAAGGAAAACCUACGACACCUACGCCUCAUCAUCUGGCUACUCCUCUGAGGAUGAUUAUGCAGGUCACACCUACUUGGACCAGAACACUUCUGGUUCCGUGCUGAGGAAUGCAAUCUCCAAAGCAGGCUCUUUUCUGUGGCUUGUGCUUACGUCACCAGGUCGGGUCUUUGGAUUGCUAUACUGGUGGAUGGGGACCGCGUGGUACCGCCUGACCACUGCAGCCUCCCUGCUGGAUGUCUUCGUCUUAACACGGAGCUAUCCAAUCCUGAAGAAGCUCCUCUUGCUGCUGCUCCUGUUGCUGCUCCUGACUGCCAUUGGCUACGGUGCCUGGUAUUUUUACCCCUUCGGACUCCACCCAUCUGUGUUUUCUUGGGGAUCUAUGAAGCUGUCUUCUCCUGUUACCAAAAAGGGAGACGAAGCAAGAGAUUUUGUUGCAUUCUCGGAGGGACAGCAGCAGGUUUUGUCUCGGCUUCAGGCACUGGAGAGACAUCUUGAGAGCCUGGAAGGUGCAGUUUCAGUGCUGGAACUGCAAAAAGGGGGAAAGACGGUGGAAGGGGCAGCCCUGUCUCAUGACGAUACCCUGUCACUUCUGGAUGGGCUGGUGAGACGACGAGAAACCAUCUUGAGAGAGGAAUUCCGUGCAGAGUCAGACCUUCACCUCCAGAAUGAGUUGGAUGCUUUUCGAUCCCAGCUACGGAAGGAUUUUGACAGUCUCUUGAAGAAAGUAUCCCAGGCUUCAGAGGAGACAGAAACUCGGAUGCUCCAAAUGACUUCGCAGUGGCAAAGCUCUACACAAGAAGGUCUGAUGGGUAAUUUCCAAAAGGAGAUGGAAAGGCUGGAAGCGCAACUGACAGGCCUGAAAAAAGAAUUUGUGGUCUUGGCCUCGGAUCAGAAAAGGUUGUCAAAACACGUGGAUUCUUUGCCAGGACAGAUCAAGGAAAUGCGGGAAGAUGUGGAAAUCCAGUUUCCGAUAUGGCUCAGCCGAUUCCUAUCCCAGUCUAAAAGGGACGGGACAGGCAGUCUGUUUCUCCAUCGUGAAGAAUUAGAGGAACAGCUCCUCAACCUGGAGCAGAAGAUCCUUGCCAAAGUCUCUGAGGACCAGCGGCUCUCUGCGCGAGAUGUCGGGGUGGUACUCCAAAGGGAGGGCGUCAUAGGAGUAACGGAAGAGCAAGUUCACCACAUUGUCAACCAGGCCCUGAAGCGCUACAGCGAUGAUCGCAUUGGAAUGGUUGAUUAUGCUCUUGAAUCUGCAGGGGCCAGUGUUAUCAGCACCCGGUGCUCAGAAACCUAUGAGACCAAGACUGCAUUGCUUAGUCUCUUUGGGAUCCCCCUGUGGUACCACUCCCAGUCUCCACGAGUCAUUCUGCAGCCAGAUGUCCACCCUGGGAACUGCUGGGCGUUCCAAGGCUCCCAAGGCUUUGCUGUCAUUCGCCUUUCGAGCAACAUCCGUCCCACAGCUGUGACGCUAGAACACAUCUCCAAAGCCCUCUCUCCCAAAGGGACCAUUCCCAGCGCCCCCAAGGACUUUGCUGUCUAUGGCUUAACAGAAGAAGGGCAGCAAGAGGGCACCCUCCUUGGCCAGUUUACGUACAGCCAGGAUGGGGAUCCCAUCCAAACAUUCCAUUUGCAGGAUGAAGGCAGGAUUGCAGCUUUCCAGCUUAUUGAGCUUAGAGUUCUCAGCAACUGGGGCCACCCGGAGUACACCUGUAUUUAUCGUUUCCGCGUGCAUGGGGAGCCAGUCCCUUAACCCCUCCUGCAUGCCGCAGCCUUGCUCACUGGCUACCUCAAGUUCUGCGCCUCAGACUGACAAAAGGCAGACGGAGAAGAGCAGUGUUGGAAAGGAGAGCAACUUGGGAUGAGUGACGCUUCUUUUUGUUACGAGGGGAAGCAUGGAGACUUCAAAAUUCCUAUCCUGGUCAAUUGGUUCUCUCCUAAGGGCAGGGGGUGGGGGUACCUUUCAGUAUGCAGAGGGAGAAAGAGGGCUUCUUGAUUUUUGGUAUUUUAUAUUCAGCUUUUUGAAAAAAACAAAAGCCUAUGCAGUUCAUCUCUUCCCCCUCCACCAUCAAGGAAAAAUAGUUUCUGGGUGUUCCUUUAGAAAGCUGUGCCAUGAUACUGUCAUAGUUCUAUCAGUGUUUAUGUAAUUAUAUUAUAUUUGGGGGAGGGAGUGUAUCUAUGGAUUCUUUCUUUGAUAAAGGGUAGUAGGAGACCCGAUGCUGUUGUUUUUCCCUUUCCUGGGUUGGAAAGGUUUAAUUUUUCGUUUAUCACACUGUAAAAAGUGGUUUGGCGUUGGCUGCAAAAGGAGCCUGCACAGUAGAAAAAGACAGAGGGUGAAAUUGAUGUUUAUUUAAAUGAGAGAGGCUGCAAUCCUAACCAAGCUUACUAGCAAGUAAGCCCCAUUUUGCUUAGUGGGAAUUACUUCAGCGUGAACAUGCAUGGGCUUGCCCUGUCAGGUUAAGUAUUUAACAACAAAGGCUGCCGUGUUGAAAGAUGGGAGAACGAGUCUAUAUUACAGUGCUCAGAGUUGGUUUUCUAAUGGAACUGCUUAGCUCUGCUAGUAUGUAUCACUGUUGGAACUCAUUCCCAUUCUACAAUGCUUAAUUUUCUAGAGGGAAUGAAUAUUGUCUGGCCAGCACGGUCGUGCUUGCUUAGCCUAACUCCCAGGUGUGUGGGGGGGGGGGUUGCUUGUUAAGUGGCAAGGGAAAGCAUUCUGUACAUGUUCAGAGACACCCAUUAUGUGCCCCAAUCUUAAAAUAGAGCUUACAGGGCCUUGAUGAGCCCUGCUUCAAAUAAACUUCAUUUUCUUCCAUUGUAAAGGAAACAAGGGGUGGUUUGCUCUUGUUCUGCAGGUUUUAACUCACAUGCUGCUGCAAUGCCCAGUGGGUUCAUAUGGUCAAAAGGGGUGAGGAAAAUCUUUCCACGUUUCUGCACCUGAUCCCCAUGUGCAGUAAGACAAGGUAGUAUAAGCAGCUCAAGCUCUGACGUGGUACAAUGGACAGCCUUGCAUUUUCCCGUCCAUACUGUUAGUAGAAAACUAGCAGAGGAAUAAAGGUGGGAUUUCUCUCCCUGCUAUGCCAGUUUUUAUUUUAAUUUGCAAAGGGUAUUUUAAAAAAUGGCAUACAUACCCAUCUUUACUCUGAAGUGGUACACUCUUAUGUGAUUGCCUCAUUCUUCUGCAAUAUAUAGACUAGCCCAUACGGGAAAUCUCAUGACUACUUGGGUAAGGUAAUAGAGGUCCGAAUUUGUUACAUUUGCUUAACAUUAACAUUUGCUGACUAGUUAUUUAUAGUAAAUAGGUAUCUGUAGUUGCCAGCAGUAACAGUUGUACUCUGGAGGGAUAGCCUUCCUGGUAUGGAUACAGUAUCUCAUAAAAUAGUGCCUUCAUCUAGGCUUUUACCAAACUUAAGGCUGAAAACACAUGGGCAGUGCUGAGUAAUGAAAAUUUCUGAACUGAAAUUAAUGUAGGAGCAAUCAGGGUUUCUUUCCUACCUGCCUUUUAUUUUCAGGGCAAGCUGGCUGUGCUCCGAUAAGCUAGUACUACUUAACAUAAGCAGGAAGCUGUGUCCUUCCCACCUCCCUUCCAGCUAUCUGUGGAGAGUGCUGAUUGCCACAACAGCUGGCCCAUCGCUUUUCAUUUGGGCUUGGCUAUAGCAACAAUGUCCAUUUAGGGAUGGCACCAAAUAAACAUUUAGAAAUAUAAGACAUACGGGCAUUUGGGGAACUGGCAAAAGCUAAGUUGUGCCUGAAAAGGGGAGUGAGAAGCUGCAAAAAUUCAUACCGGCCGCAGAUUUGUUAUGUCAGUGUGGUAGGAGGAAAAACAGGGUUUGCCCCAUAGCAGAAAAACCCACUCUCACUCCUGGAGGGAGAAGCAUUUGUCUUCAUCCUAAAUCCCAAGAGGAGUGGGCUAAUGCUAUGUUCAGCUUGAGUAGUUCCCCAAGCUAUAUAGAAUACAGCUGGUUUCUCAACUAUAUCGAGGGGCCAAGUAGACUCUUGAGUAAAUAUGAUCAAGGGCACAGUUGCACACCUUUUGAGGAUGCUAUAACAGGAAAGUGGCAUUAGUUAUGUGUAGAAGCCACUUUGGCAGUAUAUAAAUUAAUUACAUAAUGACACACAUCAAGUAGAUAAGGGGUUGAACAGAAGACAGACUUCUGUGUGAUUCUAAGAAACAGAACAUAUCCAUAAGGAAAUAACAGUAUUACGUGGAUCUCACAGCUUCAGUGUUAAAAAAGUCAUAAGGAUUGAUGAAGGUAGUUCAAAUGACAAGAGGGCAGCUUUCCUAUUUUAAACCUGAAACCAUGAGUGGUGGUGGGAUUUAGCAUACACUCACCUCCACCCCAACAACAGCUUUUGCCUGGAUGCUUCUGGUAACACAUAAUCCUGAUUAUAACUAAAGGGCCUAGCAUUGCUAACUAAACACAUAUCUAUCUAUCUAUCUAUGCAUUCUUGCUAAGCUACUGUGGAAAUACAUCAACACAGUUUAUCUGCUAAGCAUUUCACAGCUUCCCCAGUCUGGUGCUGUUAGCUGCUCCAGCUAACACAGCCAUGCGGCUUGCAGGAUCAGUUAAGAUGACCUGCACUAUUAGAAGAGGCACAUCAUUCUAUCAGGGUCCAGUGAUAACUGCUAUGCUCUUUAGUCUAUGGCAGAAUCCUUGUGAAGUGUUUUGAUGCCCUUGCAUGCAACAAGAGAAUAAAGGCCAGUUCCAACAGUUUUUUUCCUAGAAAGCAAGUAGAAGGACCACAUGGUCAAAAGCAACUCUUGCUUUUUAUCAGGCAGGAGUUGCAUCUGACAUGCAAAAGCAGCAUUCUGGAAGGCGUGUGUGUGUGGUUUGCAUUACAAAAAUACAUUGGCCAGGUUUUCCUGCUUUUUUAAUCUGAAAUACAGAAUAAGGGCUAGGAAAAAAACCAGGCUGUUACAGGAGGGUGGAUUGCGGUUAAACCUUAGGAGAAACUUCUUUAAAGGUAAGAGCAAUCUGACAGUGGAACCAAUUGCCUUGAGGGAUGCUGGGCUUUUGUUUACUGGAUGUCUUUGAGCAGAUAGCUAUUAGCUGGGAGUGAUACAGCUCCAGAUUCUCUGCAGUGAUGGGGCAAUGUUGGGCGAGGUAGCCUGAAAUUAGGCAGUUUUAGAGGCUUGCUUCAGCUCACCAUGCUUGGUAGGCAACCUGUUGUGCUUCUACAAAGCACUAGGUCAACUUAUGAUGUUGGGGUGGGGUGGGGUGAGGUGGGAAUUUCUAAUAAAAACUUGUGUGUUUUUUGUAGGCAAAAGAAAAUAUAGGUAACUUACUCUUGUCUUUGUCCUCUCCAAAAGAUGGGGGUGUAAUAAGCACUGAUUUUUACCUGUUCUCUACUCCUCAUAAAAGAGGUUGAUGGCUAGGUUGUACUUGGGAGAAAAUGGAGAAGUCUGUUUAGGGGUGUAUAAAUCCCAUGUUGAUCAUUGUGGGGUAGUUUCCCACAGUUGGGCUCCUUACAAUAAUUUAUGUAGAUAGGCUUCUCUGCUCUAUUAGUUGCAUGGAAAGAAAGGAUGUGUUUAACAGACCCUAAGUGCAACAAAGUGAUUAAAAAUCUAGAGUGACCAAAUGAACAUUCAGUGAGCUUAUGAAUGAAUGCAUUUGGAAAAGCAUGAAACUUUUCCUGGUCUUAGGGUCUACUCAAAGCCACACCAAGCAAAGAGUCAACAGUUGAAGAAUGCUGGUGAGUCAUGCACAUAAUGGCUUCAUGACCACUGUAGGCAUUUCAUGCUUGUGUCAGCUCCCUGACCAGUAGCAAGGUGCUCAGAUGGCAUUUGCAAGGCGGCAGCAAGUAGGAGGCACCUUCCAAAGCAUGACUUCUUUGCCCACUCCCUUUACUUUUGACCUGGCCUGUUGUACUCUGUAAAGCACCAUGCACACUGAUGGUGCUGUAUUAAUAAUAAUGAUUCUCCUAUGAAAACAGUUAUGUACAAAGUGUGCUUGGAUUUGUAUCUAAGACUGUAUGUAGCCUGUUGCAAAUGCUGCACUGUUCCGUUCCUUAUUUUCUAUCUCUGGAUUGUAAUUUAUGCCUAUGCAAAAGAAACUCAAGACAAUAAACAAUUUUUUUAAAAAAGGUGAAGCUGA